CCCUGCUCUCCCUAUCAAACUUCACCUUUGUUUAGCCAAGGAGAAUUUCUAACCUCCUCUUCCUAUUUUCCCUUCCUAAUUCUCAACCGCCUUGCUACUCUCUCGACUUAAGAUCGUUUAUAUCUUAAUAUCAUCCCUCAUAUUUUUUCCCAUGUCGGCAACUGGUUCUCAGCGCGAGGCCUACCAGCCCCCAGCAGCUGGCUCUUCAGGCAUGGGUCGUUCCUACGUCCCGGCCCCAGCAGGCACCAUGUUUUAUCUAUGCGCCGAGUGUGGUGUCAAAGUUGGCAUCAAUAAAGGAGAGCCCAUUCGCUGUAAAGAAUGUGGCCACCGUAUCCUCUACAAGCAAAGAACUACACGUAUGGUACAAUUCGAGGCUCGCUAAACGCAGCUCACCCACUCAUACUUCUAAAUACAUGAGUGACCUGACAAAUUGGCGAGGCGGGAGGGAUUGGGGAGAUAUGUGAUUUCUGGGUUUUGUUUUUGGGAGAGGUUUUUUAUUGUCGGCGUUAUUCUUUCUAGAUGAUUUGUUAUAAUCGGCUGUGGCUGCGUGUUGAAUUUUCACCAAUCGUGGACUUUCUAAAGAAAAUUGAUGAACCCAGUUGUGAGCA